GAUGGAUAUCUCUCAUGAUUGUCAGCCGAGCAAGCUAGCCAGCCGUAUCUUGUUAGGCCACCUAUUUUCAAUGCGAAUAUCCAACUCCGUAUGGGUAGGUCUCUAAUGGGCAAUAUCCUCCCAAAAAGAUUCACCAUCAAUCAAUCAAUCAUUGUAAACCCGCCUCAGCCGAGGAAGGCCUCGGCUGCGUAUUGGUUCAACCACAAUUUCUCAACGUCUGGACAUGACUACGGGUCGCAUCAGAAUCCGUGCGCAAUUUUGAUCUGUAGCAGCCUCACGGAUGCCUCAGUCCCGACCUCUACCCCCGACACUUUGGCCCCUGGUCAUCUGGAACUCUCCGCAUCCGGUAGUAAUCUUCACUCCAUCACUCAUCCAGAAGUCCAAAACAUCAAAAAGCCAGUGCCUCAGCUGCCUCAAACCUCUCGAGCUACAGACUGUCGGAUCGAACCGACGUCACCCCCCACAACAAACCCCAUCCUGCAUAUCCCCGAAGAUCCAAACUUCAUCGUACGACAAAGUUUCCUUCAGACUCUGUCAUGCAUGCCCCCGGAUGUUCACUAUCUGAGGCAGCGAGGCUUGACCGAUUGUAUGAGCCUAUGAGCCUAAGGCGGCGAGCAAUUUUAAGCUUAAUCCCUCGCUGAAAACAAUAUGGUCUGAUGUUGUUUUGCGACAGUAGCUGUAGUACCUGGUUUGGACGUGCCGGAGGCGUUCAAGCAAAGGAACGGGUGGAGCCUCCAUGCGGUUUACAGAUGUCGUGGAAUGGAAAUCCUAAAACAAUGGCCUG